GGCACUACCAUAGAGAAAUUAAACUAGAGAAGCAAUAUUUUACGUGUCCGGACCAAGCUCGAACGGGGCCGAAUUCAUUAAAUUUUAAGAAAAUAAAUCAUGAUUUAUAAAACUGAUUAUUGGAGCUGACACAUCUGGUCUUUCUGGGGUGCAGUUCCCGCUAUAGUGACAAUAAUAACAUCUAGUACAUGUACGAUCUCUAUGUUUGAUGGGCGGUGAGAUGCCACCGAAGAAGAGGGGACCGUUGCAAACAGUACAAAGGGACACUGAUGGCAUUAAAAAACAAGUGGACAGUUUGGUCCGGGAGGUGAAACAGCUGAAUGUGGAUACGGAAGAUUCCAGGCUGACAGAAGCUUCACAGAGGUGCAGCCAGCUUCUGAAGUCUGUUGAGGAGACAAUGAGGACUCUGAAGAAGCUGACCAAAGCAGACGAACCUGCACCGGUGGGAAACUACGACCAAAGGAAGCUGGACGAAGAGAAGAGACUGGAGACGAUGCAGAAGCAGCUGCUGUCCCUCUCAGCCAUGGCGUCUCCUGCGCAGAAAGUAGAUUCCAGAAAUCAAGCGGGAUCUUCUGGGACGGAGGAUGAUGAAGGAGAAGAGGCGGAAAGUGAAGAGGAGGAUGACGACGAAGAUGAAGAAGAUGAUGACGAAGAGCAGGCAGAAAAACAAACACCUAAAAAAGACACAGCCUGUUUUAUUGUUCUCAGUGCAUUUAAAGGCGAGCAAGAUGGUGACUUGACAGUUCAGAAGGGUGAGAUCCUGCGCAUUCUAAGCAGGAACCCAGAUGGCUGGUGGCUCGCUAGGAAUGCAGAAGGCAGAAAGGGUCUUGUCCCUAAAACCUUCUUAAAGGUGCAUCAGGAGGAGGAGGAGGAAGAAGAGGACGAAGAAGACUCUGACACGGGAGAAGAGAGUGAUGAGGCGAUGGAUGAAGAGUCUGCAACAAACCAGAGAAGCUGUCAGUCUAAUUGGGAUACUGUAAGAAAAGCAAUCACAGAGAUCAGCGCCACUGACGUGCUGGCGGCCAUGGGUGCCAUCCCCGCGGGCUUCAGGCCGUCCACCCUGUCGAAGCUGCUUGCCGAAGGAAGUACCUACAGGAGCAGCUGCUUCAUCCAGCCAGAACUGAGUCAGUCUCAGCUUGUCUUCAAAGAUCUUUUCUGGAAUCCAGAUACAGGAGGUGUCCGGCCCAGGAUCUCUAGGAUCUCCCUGAUGUUGACCUUGUGGAGCUGCAGAAUGAUCCCAACCCCUGGGGUUGGGGUACAGGUCCUCAGCAGACACGUGCGCCUCUGCGUAUUCGAUGGCAUCAAGGUACUGAGUAAUAUCCACACAGUCAGAGCAAAUGCUGGUCAAAAGAACCAAAAAACCUGGACCUUUUCUCCAAGGACAACUGGUAUCCUGCCCAGUCUGUUGGAUGGAAACUGUUUCAUAAGGAGCGACUGCCAGUCCUCUGAAGUGGGGAUCCUGUUUGAACUGGGCGUGACCUACAUUCGGAACUCCACAGGCGAGAGGGGCGACCUCAGCUGCGGCUGGGCCUUCCUUGGGCUAUUCGAUGUGAGCGGGGUGCCCAUCCCACACAGGACAUAUGAGCUUACCAUCCAUGGAGGGACUCCCUAUGAAAAAGAUGUUGAUGUGGACCCUUCAAUUAACAGGAGAGCUAUGGGAAGCAUGUUGCACCAGAUGCUGAUCUCCCGGAAACAACCCAAACUCAUCGUGAAGCUCCGCUCUCCCAGCAACAGCACCAGGGCCUCCCUGAACCUCCUGCCUGACACCCUGAUCUUCAGCUCGAGUUCUGUGCCCCUGCUAGCCCUCUACAGGCAGGUCCUUGCCGACGCGCUUCUCAGGGACCGCCUGACCAUGCAGAAUGCAGAUCUUAUGUGCAGCCCAGUCUUAGCGACAUUCCCCCACAUUCUGGAUCACACGGAUCUUCUGGAUGCUUUAAGGGGCACUUGGGCUGAAAAAGAGGGCGCCCUCCGGAGAUCAGAGAAGAGGGACCCGGAGCUGCUGAAGGGCCUGUUUGUGCGGGUGUACCUGGACAGGAUCUUCCCCCUCCUGCAUUCCGCUCGGCUGCCGGCGCCCCAGUGGGCCGACGAAGAACGGGAGGGCACGCGCUGGGGCGUCAUGUUCGGCGGCACAGAGCGGGACGCCGCUCAGGGAGACGCGGGGCUGGCCACCCUCCUCGCCGCCGAUGCUGCCCAGGAGGCCUUCGACAUCACCCAGGUCACCUACGACUUCCUGGCCUCCGCCAGAAGGGGUGUGGCUAUCACUUAAGCCAACUCUUGGCAGGGAUAAGUGCUUGAAGGUUUUACAUUUGCAUUAUUUUGUAUUGUUUUUAAUAAAGCUCUUUGCACAGAUUG